GGAAUGGACGGCGCCCGGGACGUGGUCCCCCCGGGCCGAGGGAGCCGCUGCCCUGCCCUCCGCGGGCUGGUCCCCGUCGGCUUCGGGGCCGAGGCGAAGACGCUCUUUGCCCUUUCUGGACCCCUGUUCCUCUUCCAGAUGCUGAACUUCAUGAUCUAUGUCGUGAGCACGGUGUUCUGCGGACACCUGGGCAAGGUGGAGCUGGCGGCAGUGACCCUCUCGGUGGCCUUUGUCAACGUCUGCGGAGUUUCCAUUGGAUUUGGCUUGUCCUCGGCCUGUGACACCUUAAUGUCCCAGAGCUUCGGCAGCCCCAACAGGAAGCACGUGGGGGUCAUCCUGCAGCGGGGCGCGCUGGUGCUGCUGCUUUGUUGCCUUCCCUGCUGGGCGCUCUUCCCCAACACCCAGCACAUCCUGCUGCUCUGCAGGCAGGACCGGCCGUGUCCAGGUACCCCGGCCCCGCGCUUCUCUGGGCUGGCCCAGGAGUACGUGCAUGUUUACAUCCCAGCGCUCCCGGCAAAUUUUCUUUACAGCCUGCUGGCCAAAUAUCUGCAAAAUCAGGGCAUCAUGUGGCCCCAAGUCCUCAGCGGCGUCGUGGGCAACUGCGUCAACGGGCUGGCCAACUACAUCCUGGUUUCCGUGCUGGGCCUGGGGGUCAGGGGCUCGGCCUGUGCCGACACGGUCUCCCAGUUCACGCAGGCCGUCUUCUUGCUGCUCUGCGUCGUGAAGAAGAAGCUGCACCUGGACACGUGGGCAGGCUGGUCCAGCCAGUGCCUGCAGGGCUGGGGCCCCUUCUUCCGCCUGGCCGUGCCCAGCAUGCUCAUGACUUGCAUUGAGUGGUGGGCCUACGAGAUCGGGAGCUUCCUCAUGGGCCUGCACGGCGUGCUCGACCUCUCCGCCCAGGCCAUCAUCUACGAGGUGGCCACUGUCGUCUACAUGAUUCCCAUGGGGCUCAGCAUCGCGGUCUGUUUCCGAGUGGGGACGGCCCUGGGAGCCGCAGACACCGUGCAAGCCAAGCGAUCUGCCGUCUCAGGCACCCUCUGCACGGCGGGGCCGUGCCUUUGGUCUCUUACGGUUGGCACCGCGCUGGUCGUGGGCGCCCUGUUGCGCCUCCUGAGGAAUGAACUGGGCCACGUCUUUACCGGUGACGAGGAGGUGGUCGCCUUGGUCAGCAAGGUCCUGCCGCUUUACCUCGUCUUCCACCUGUUUGAGGCAGUCUGUUGUCUCUACGGCGGGGUCCUGCGAGGCACCGGCAGGCAGGCCUUCGGGGCCGUCGUGCACGCCGUCAUGUACUACGCCGUCGGCCUCCCGCUGGGCGUCGUGCCGGCCUUCGUGGUCGGCCUGGGGAUCACGGGCCUCUGGCUGGGCAUGCUGGCCUGUGUCUUCCCGGCCGCCGCGGCCUUCGUGACCUACACCGCCUGGAUGGACUGGAAGCGGGCUGCGGAGGAGGUGCAGAAACGCGUGGGGCUGCCGCCCCAGGCCGCUGGGAGCACGGCCCCCAGCCUCAGGCCCGGGCCCGAGAGAGCGGUCGUAUCUUCAGUGGCUACGGGCAGCUACCCUGGCGUGACCCUGACCAUGUACUCAAGGCCCGAGGCCCACCUGGACCUCUUCGGGACUCCAGAAGCAGCCCAGCCCCUGCCGGCUCCCCCCGGCAGACUGACGGCCAAACAGCUGGCCCUCCGCCGAGGGGCUGCUCUGGGGGCAGCAGCGGGCACGCUGGUAGUGGGGCUUGUGGUCAGGGCCCUGACUGCCAGGCCCUAGCAAGAAAGGAAGCAGAGAGUGGCUGCCACCCCACAUCCUCAGAAAUAGACCCUGAGCCGGCGCCUCGUGUGACUGACGGGUCUGCAUUGCGGUUAACUGCUCUUUAGAAGACCUCAACUGGCCGGAAGACGAGCCUCCUGGGGUUGCUACCAUUAUCCAAGAACAUAAAUGGCUUCAAAUUGGAGAUUUCACAUCAAAACAAGAAGGCAAAUGCCACUGUUACGUUAAGAAGUGCACGCUUCUAGGCCGAGUCUGCUGCCCGUCUGUACACAAAGCCUUUGUGAAGCUCUGGAAAGGGGGCCGGCGGGCCCCACGCGGAGACCCCCAUCUGCGUCCUGCCCACGCACCCUCCGCAGAUCCAGGCGCCGUGAGGCCCCCACCGGGGCCGGGCUGGUCACCUUUCCUUCAGUCCUCUCGUGGCAUCAGCAUUUUCACGUAUCACAGAGCUUGAGAAACACCUUUCAUACAGUAGCGGUAAGAUGCAAAGAAGGGCAGCGAAGCCCAGAUCGUUGGGCCACGUAGCCUCAGGGUGGAAUCUGAUUCAGAUCCAAACUCUAGGACGCUCUUGAGGCCUGGGACUGGUGACCAUUUCUGGGCUCCAGGCCGCACACCGCCACCCAGUGCGGGCAGCCUGGCCUCUGUCAUCGUCAGGCCCUUCAGCAUCAGUAGCUAUAAACACACCCACAGACAAACGGAUUUAUUGAUCAAGGUCAAUAGGAAAAAAGGAUGCAAAGUGCAAACCCUGCUUCUGAAGAGUCAACACGCCAUGGCUCCUGCUCCAGGCCCUCCGCCCGCAGGAAGGCAGAAGCCUGCAUCCUCAUCUGUGACAUGAAGACAGCUUCUGCACCCAAACACAACGACCGGGUACAGAGCACAGAAAAGUCACGUCACGUGUCCUAAGGUUGAGAGGUAUUGAGGAGAAAGGACUCCGUGCUCCAGUAAGUUUGGGAAACAACACACACCGGCGCUUCAGAGGUUCUGUAGGCCUGGGAUCUUUAAGAUGCUGGUGUGCUUUACAGACCCCUUCUAGGCAGGGUCGGCAGUGGGGCCGGUUUUUGUGGAAAACCUUAUGGGAUUGGUGUCUCGUGAAUGUGCUUACAGAAAUACUUGUUUGGGGUCAGCAGAUGGGGAAGGAGGAUAUAGUUGGGAAAAAAAAACCUAUCUACUCUAUGGAUUAUUUUAAAAAACAACCCACAAAUGACAAAGUAAAACUUGAGAAAAAUCUUCUUGGCUGAGAAUUUAAAAUGAGAAAAAAAUCACUUAAAGAAAGCUGACCAACACCACCUUUGAUAGACAAAGGCAAAAAAAUGGAUUUAUAGUUGGAGAAAACUUGUGGUCAGAGAAUUGUCUCCAACAGGGGAUAUCUGAAAACUAAGAACACUAUUACAAUUCAUGCCAAUU